ACUUCCGGGUGAAAGGCAGCGACUUCCUGCUAAUGGCGGCGCCCUGUGUCCUGCGGCUGGGUCCUGUCCUGUGAGAAGGACGGGCGGGGAGCUGUACCGGGUCCCCAUGUGAUAAUAAGUAUAUUAGGUUUCUCUGAUACAGUGCGGCCGGUGUGUGUUAUACUGCGGAGCCGGACAGUCCCAGUCUCUGUAAGGACGUCCAGGACGCUGCACCAUGGUUCACCUCACAUCCCAGCUCUUGAAGCGUUACCAUGAAGGGUACGUGGUGAUUAGAUUGGCACUUGGAGGCUGCGCUAACAGGAAAUUCUUUCGCAUUGUUGCCGCUCACAACAAACGAGCCCGGGAUGGGAAGCACUUGGAUAAACUUGGCACGUAUGACCCAUUGCCUAAUAUGUUCAAUGAGAAACUUGUAAGCCUCAACAUAGAGAGAAUCAAAUACUGGAUUGCUUGCGGAGCACAUGUUACCAAACCAGUGGCAAAGUUACUAGGACUUGCUGGGUUUUUCCCUCUGCACCCAAUGACCAUUACUGCAGCGGAGAGAUUAAUAAAGGCCAAAGAAAAGGAAGCUGAACAGCCUACAGAAUGUGUGGAGGGGGAGGAAGAGGAGCGGGCCUGAGACCCGCAGCCACUUGGCACUUGUGCAUAGAACAAUAGACAUUGUUAUGUUAAGGGAAUGUUCGGGAAUUCCCAGGAAUUUGUGCUGAUCGCCCCUCUUAAGAGAAUUUUAUUAUUUCAAUAUUUGUGUUUAUAGAAAAUAAAAGCGGUAGAAAAAUAAA